CGUCGGGGAGCCCUGGGAGCUGUGGAUUUGCGAACUGACAGGGACAAAAAAAAGCGCUCCUGGUGGAUAAGGGCAUGUCUCUCACGCUGUGGAUUGUCUCUUUUCUCACAAAGCCAAGGCCGGGCAGGGUUGGCUGUCCGGUUCCGAGAGGAUUCUGAGAGGAUUGUCAUGGCAAUGACUGCCCUCUUCAGGGGCAAGUGGGGGACAAAGCCCCAGGACGCCCCGGACAAGCGACCCACGGCGGUGCAGCCGAGCCAGGUGGAGGACGAGGAGGACGACGAUGACCACGAUCAUGUGACCGAGGAUGGAAGCGGCAGGAGACACACGCCUAUACGCAGGAACUCCAGGUUUUACAGGUCCAUGAGGAAGAAGAGGCUCUCGCGGGAUCAGCUAUCUGCGCCUGAUCAGCUCAGUGAAAGCUCUGCUGCCUCACCCAGGACAGCUCAGGAUGUGACCCCCAGUGGCAGGACGGGACCCUCAUCUGCCCUCGGAGUCCCUGUGUCUCACAGAUCACCCCUGUCUCCGCACAAACGCCUUCCAACCUCACCCUUACAUUCUGGAGCUGCGUUGCCGAGCAACGGGGAGCCCAGGAGCCUACACACACUACAGAGUGAGGCGAUGUCCCCCUCAGCUGCGGAACUCAGGGGGGGUUCAAGGGGGACGGGCUUAUCUCCCGGUGACGGGCAGUGCGGACCCUCGUCUGCAGGCGGACGCUUCCACCGGCCGCAGCGGCACAGUGCAGACAUGGACAGCCUCACCAACAGCGUGUCUGUCUGCUCCAUUCAGCCACCAAAAGGCAGCACGCUCUCACAGCCCACAGACACGCGAGCCGAAGCAGACCUGGACGCCAUAAAGCUGAGCAGGCUGGUGAACAAUGGUGAGAACUCACACAAGACAGAGGGAGGAGAAACUCCAGCCUGUCACAGCAUUAAAAUCAUCAAGAACAUUGGCUUCCUGUAUCAAGAAUACAGGGACACGUCCAAACAGCAGGAGAUCCAGCAGAGGAGGCAGCAGGACGCAAUGCAGCUGGGCUCGGGAGGCGGGGCCGGAGGCAUGGCCCCGCCCACCCUGCAGCUCCAGCUGAGGAACAGCGCACAGUCCCUCAGCCUGUGGCAGAACCUGGAAGUGGUGCGGCAGAGUGGUCUGCUGUCCGAACUCACACAGAAGGAGAUCAUUAUGCAGGAGGCCAUGUUUGAGCUGGUAACCUCAGAGGCAUCAUACUAUAAGAGUCUGGAGCUACUGGAGACGCACUUCCUGAAGAAUCCUGUUCUGGUCAACACCUUGAGCCAAUCAGACAUGCAUUUCAUCUUCUCCAACAUUAAGGAGGUCAUGAAAGCCAGCGAGAGGUUCCUGAUGGACCUGGAGAACCGAGUGGAGGAGUCCAUCCAGAUCUCGGAUGUCUGUGACAUUGUGCAUUACCACGCUGUCAAUCACUUCCAUGUCUUCAUCACCUACGUCAUCAACCAAGCAUACCAGGAGAAAAACUACAGGCGAAUAUUACAGGGAAACACAGCUUUCCGCGAGAUGAUGGCCCAGCUGGAGAAUCAGCCCAGGGUACGAGGCCUGUCCUUCACCUCCUUCCUCAUCCUCCCCUUCCAGAGGAUCACCCGACUUAAACUGCUGGUGCAGAACAUCCUCAAAAAGGCAGAGGAGAACUCCGAGAGGGAAGCCAACGCCAUCAAGGCUCACUGUCAGCUGGAGAAGAUAGUGAAAGAGUGCAACGAGGGGGUGAGGAAGAUGAGCCGCACGGAGGAGCUGAUCAGCAUUGAGAAAACACUGGAGUUCAAAUCCAAGUCGGUGCCGAUAAUCUCCCACUCUCGCUGGCUGCUGAAGAAGGGCGAGCUGCAGCACAUGUCUGGGCCUAAAAGCACUAGGACCAUGAAGAGCCGCAAGCUCUACCAGCCAGUCUACCUCUUCCUGUUCAACAACCUGCUGCUGAUCACCAAGAGGAGUUCCAAUGGGGAGAAGUUCCAGGUGCUGGACUCAUGUGCUAGGGCCAUGCUCCGGACAGAGGACCUGGAGGACCAGGGUCAGAUGCUAGCUAACGUCUUCAGCCUGAAGCUGCUAGAGAAUCAGGAGGAGCGGCAGGUGUCCUACCUGCUGAAGUCCUCCAGCAUGAGUGACAAACUGCGCUGGAUGUGUGCCCUAACUCCAAACCGGCGCACACGCUUCCUAUCCACCAGCGCCCACCAGCAAGACUCUCCUCAGGUGCAAUGCAUACAGUCCUACUCAUCUCAGGAGCCUGACGAGCUCUCCAUCGAGAUGGCCGACGUCCUCAACGUCUUGGAGAAGACAGAUGAUGGCUGGAUGAUGGGGGAGCGGCUUCACGACGGGGAGAAGGGAUGGUUCCCCUGCCGGGUUGUGGAGGAGAUCAAGAACCAGGAAGUGCGAGCACAGAACCUGCGGGAGUGCCAGAGGAUACAGCUGGCCCAGGGAGUGGGUUCUGGCUCCGCUGCAACGAGCUCCAGGGGCAGGCGCACGGCCAGAGUCACUCAUUUCUAAUUGGUUCUGAAUUGACCAAUCAG